AUGAAGGCGCUUAGAGCUGGGUCAAAGGAGGCCGCCUCCUGUCCGGCCAUCAUCUCUGUUGCGGGAGCCACGGUGGACCUCCCCCCCGAACAGUGGAAGCUGCUCGCAGAGGAUAAGCAUCCUCUCACGGCCCGUCUGUUCGACUUUGUCACCGGGGACCUGGUCGACAAGAAGAGCUCGAACGCGAGCAUGCUCAUUCUGCUUCACCCCGACCACUUGUCGCUUGACGGUGACGAGACGUGGAACACGCGGUUCGUUCGCAUUGCUAUUCCCACUGGUGGUGCGGAACACGUGACCGCGGCUGAUGCGAUUGUGGAGUGGUUUCAGGGUCGCGUCGACGAGGAUUUUGCGCGCGGCUCCAUUCAGUGCACCCGCUCCCGCCAGCUUAAGGAUCCCGAGCGUCUGUUGGAUCUGGACGCGACGUCAUUGAAGGGCUCCUGCGGCAACAUCGCUUGUCUGUUCGCGUUCGACAAGAUCCUUGCCCAGUUGGACGAGGUCGCUGCCAGUGGAUCCGGGCCGCAAUUCUCGAGGCCAACCGCGAAGACUCUGAAUGCACUGCGGCAUGAGGUGUACCAAACCGCCGAAGAGCUCGUGUUCAACUUGAGCGUGGAUUUGACGCGACCCAUGCAAGGCGGUGAGGCUGAAAGUGCUGAAAUGGGGAAGGUGCAGAAAGUGGCUACGGGUGCGCAGGUUGCUAACCAUGGUGUUCUCGCUCUCACAGGUGCUGCUGGUGUUUCGAACCGCGGAGGUGCUCGGGGGGGGACGGUGGUCCACGCUGAUGACGAAGGGGCCGAGGAUACCGCGACUAAGGGUGCAACCCGCGAUGAGGCUGAUCGCGCUGUUGCGCGUGAGGGGGAGGAGUCGAGCGAGGAGGAGGCGGAGGCUCACGUGGUAGCGGCCGCGGCAUCCAGCAGGCCCACUACAUCCGGCAAGAGCAUCAAGCACCUUGCGCAGCACUUGGCCCCCGGUGCUGGAAGCGCGGGCCCGAGUGGUGAGGUCGCGGGCAAGAGUCCCGUGACAGGUCCGCGUGAUCACGCGUCCCUGUCCUCGUUGCCAUCGCAUAAGCUUGCUGCCGAGAUCCUGCAGCUCGAAUUCAGGCUUGCAGCGCUGGCCGAAGAGAACGCACGGCUGAAGAAACGCCAGGAGUCGGGGGUUGGUGGGGUCACGGUCGUGGGCUCUGAGGAGCUUGCGUCCGCGCUUGCUAAUGCGGUUCGGGUGUUGGAGAAGGAGGCGAGGGCGAUCGCGCAGGAAAGAGCGGCCCUGGUCGAUACCCGUAACCAGGAGGCGUUGGUGCUGGGGCGAGUGGACGCGAGGCUGGGACAGCUGCAGGGGGUUGUGACAGACUCCAUGGAAGCCGCUCAGAAGAAGCUGACGGACGAGGUUGCGCGGAAGAUCGACAACAUGUCGACCGCGGUCUCCGCGACAGCAGAGCGGGCAAUCACCACCAGCGGGGUCACGAACGCGCUGCACACCCUCAUCGCGCUCGUUGGAGGAGCCCCCCCGCCGUGCACGGAUAAUGAAGGAACGGCCGCGACGGAGAUUGCCGAGCCCGGGGAUGCAGAGCUUGGAAAGCGGGCAGCGGGUGCGAAGGCGGAGAAUCAACGGGGGGCGAAGAGGCAGAGAGGUCCCCAGGCAGCGGCCGCGGUGCGCAAUCCGAGCGUGCAGGACAUGCUGAAGCAGAAGUGGGGCGCUGCAUCGCGAGGUGCAGCACCGCCUGGUCAACCGGGUUCGAGCUCGCGCUCCAUCCCACCUGGAGAAGCUGCACCCAAACCACCGGGCCCUGCCGGGGCAACCGCGACAGUGACAAGUACUGUGGGUCGGGGCAAGGGUAAGGCGGAGGAUGGAGAGGCGCUGGCUGCUGCGCGUUCGCUGGCCUCGAGGCGUGGGGUCCAGUCCGCGGCGGGUGCUGCGGCAGAGGGCAGGCAGACCACGCUCGCACCCGCUCGUGCUGCAAUCACCGCGGGACAUCUGCACAGCGCACUGGCAUCUGCAAGUCCUAUCGCGGCCUCGGUCGAGGGCAAGGCAGAGAAACGCGGACGGGGUGGCAAGAAGUUGCCCACUCCACCCGUGUACACGAUCGACGAGGACGAUGCGGAUGAGGAGCUGGAGGGUCUCGUGAGCAGGUGGGUCGAGGCGGGCGACGGAGGAGAGAUGGAUGGGGAGGCCGCGGUCGAUACUUAUAGCGGCGGAGAGAGCGCGGACGAGCAAGACGGAGACCCCGUGAUCGUGGAAAGUGGCACAACGGGAGGACAUGGUGACACCGGCCCCAAGCGCAAGGGCUGCGGCGUCCGCGCUCCACCCAGUUUCUGGCCCGGAUUGGUUUCUGAACCCCACCUGGGGGGGAAGAAGCGAUGGCUCGGACACGGCGACCGCGAAGACCUGCAGUACAAGACCGCGAUCGCGAUGUAUCCAUACGACGGGAAGGUCGACCCCGGGUUGAACCUGAGCCAGAAGCAGAUCCGAGAGUGGGCCGCGGACCUGUCCAUCGUUGAGGGGUUACAUACGGGCCUCUUAAUCACCAUGCACUACCGCAACCUCGUGGCAAGCAAGGACAGGUGGCAACGCAUGUUCGAUUCCUAUCACGGGCUUACCAAGCCCGGAAUGCACACCACCAACGUGAUUGCAUGGGCCGCGGUGGUAGGCAAGGAGGCUGCAGCAGAAGAAGCGGAUCUCGGCGACGUGGAGCCGACGGACUACGCGGGAGCGAUCGCAUGCGCCAUUGCAAUGGUGUGGGAGGUCACUCGCGGUUCUAACGUCACUGCCGCGGCGGAUAAUGGAAACCUGGCCGCGCGUGCUGCUGGUUGCUAUGGAGAGCGAAGCCGUCUCUUCCCCGUAGUAUCCGCGUACGUCAUCAAUGCGGUGCGGAAGCGCAAUCGCCGCGAGGAAGAUGAGCCACAGGUUGUCGCGGACCCGAAGGCGGUCGCCGCCGCGAUCGUGUCCGGAGUCGUGAGCGAGAUCGUUGCAAAGUCUCGCGAUCUCAGGCACAUUGAGUUGGCCGCCCGCGAAACGGUGGACGUUAUCAUCACCUGGUGCGACUGCUCGGUGGCAGGGAAGCAGAUGGAGUCCUUGGGUUUGUACCUUGCCCUGCCCAAGGAUCGUCUGAAGAAGCGGACUUGA